CGACGCACACCGCUCCCGGAGAGGCUGCGAGGCCGAGAUGGCGUCUGCUGCUCGGUUGCUGGGGAGGCGGGUGCUGAGCUGGAGGCUGCUGCCCCCCGGCGUGCCCCUCGCGGGCCGCGCGCCCCGGCGAGCCCACUCCCUGCUGCCCGUGGACGACGCGAUCAACGGGCUGAACGAGCAGCAGAAGCAGCUUCGUCAGAUGAUGGCUAAGUUCCUUCAGGAGAACCUAGCUCCCAAGGCCCAGGAGAUUGAUCAGACCAAUGAUUUCAAGAACAUGCGCGAGUUCUGGCGGCAGCUGGGGAACCUGGGCGUGCUGGGCAUCACAGCACCAGUUCAGUACGGCGGCUCUGGCUUGGGCUACCUGGAACAUGUGCUGGUGAUGGAGGAGAUAUCUCGGGCUUCUGGAGCCGUGGGGCUCAGCUAUGGCGCCCACUCCAACCUCUGCAUCAACCAGAUUGUGCGCAACGGCAAUGAAGCCCAGAAGGAGAAAUACCUCCCCAAGCUGAUCAGUGGAGAAUACAUCGGAGCCCUGGCCAUGAGUGAGCCCAAUGCCGGCUCUGACGUUGUCUCCAUGAAGUUGAAGGCGGAAAAGAAAGGAGAUCAUUAUAUCCUGAAUGGGAACAAGUUCUGGAUCACUAAUGGCCCUGAUGCCGAUGUCCUCAUUGUCUACGCCAAGACGGAUCCCGCUGCUGUGCCAGCCUCCCGGGGCAUAACAGCCUUUAUCGUGGAGAAGGGCAUGCCUGGCUUCAGCACCUCCAAGAAGCUGGACAAGCUGGGAAUGAGAGGCUCUAACACCUGUGAGCUUAUCUUUGAAGACUGUAAAGUUCCUGCUGCCAGCAUCCUGGGCCAGGAGAGUAAAGGGGUGUACGUGCUGAUGAGCGGGCUGGACCUGGAGCGCCUGGUGCUGUCGGGCGGGCCCCUAGGGCUCAUGCAGGCCGUCCUGGACCACACCAUUCCCUACCUGCACGUGCGGGAAGCCUUCGGCCAGAAGAUCGGCCACUUCCAGCUGAUGCAGGGAAAGAUGGCUGACAUGUACACUCGCCUCAUGGCCAGUCGGCAGUACGUCUACAAUGUGGCCAAGGCCUGUGACGAGGGCCACUGCACUCCCAAGGACUGCGCCGCCGUGAUUCUGUACGCAGCCGAGUGCGCCACACAGGUUGCCCUGGAUGGCAUUCAGUGUCUGGGUGGCAAUGGCUACAUCAACGACUUUCCCAUGGGCCGCUUUCUUCGCGAUGCCAAGCUGUAUGAGAUUGGCGCUGGCACCAGUGAGGUGAGGCGGCUGGUGAUCGGCAGAGCCUUCAACGCCGACUUCCACUAGAGCCACGCCUGCCGCCGGAGCGCCCGCACCUAGGGGCCGCCUCUGACGCGAGCGAGCGAGCGAGCGAGCGAGCGAGGCUGCCCAGCGGCCUGGCUACGGGCCUCACCCCCGGGCCAGGAAAGCUGCAAGUGGACUGUUGUGGAAGUGCAUCGCUCUCCUGGGGGGGGGGAGCUCGGUGAACUCUGGCUCUUCAGCG